AUGGCCGUCGAAUCGUACGAACUCCCGUCCAGAUCGAAGGAGCGACCGACAACAUCUUCCACUGGUUGGCAAUUGGAAAAGGUCGAUUCAAACGAUCCAACCGAACGAUCGCCAGCAACUUCCGUGCAUAAUGAAUCGACUGAGAAACCCGAGGAAAAGACGGGCAGCUUCAAGGAUUACAUGAGGCUGUUCCAAUAUUCYGAUCGAUUGGAUAUAACCCUUUAUUUCGUUUCAUUCAUCUGUGCUAUUGCCUCCGGAGCCUCGCUUCCGUUGAUGGCCUUGAUUUUCGGCUCUUCAACGACAUCUUUCAACAAUUUCGGCAGUGGAAGUGACAGCGCAGACGCCUUUCGCAAAAAUGUCGACGGCCUGGUACUGUGGUUUGUGUAUUUGUUCAUCGGAAGAUUCGUCGUCGGCUACAUUGGCACUUUGUGCUCAUGUGUCGCCGGUGCUCGAACCACAAACGCAGUUCGGAAAGCCUUCCUUGAGAGCCUAUUGAGGAAACAGAUCUCGCAUUUUGAUGCCAGCGAUAAUGGCUCCGUGGCAGCGCAGGUCACUACCAAUGGCUCUCGCAUCAACACAGGUAUCGCAGAUAAGCUUUACAAUGGCGUCCAAGGUAUUGCGCUCUUUUUCUCGGCAUUCAUCGUUGCCCUUUAUAAACAGCCUGUUCUGGCGAUCAUCACUAUGAGCAUCAUUCCAUGUAUCAUGCUGGGUAUCGGAGGCUCUAUCGCGCUUGAUGCUCCGAUUGAAUCCAGGAUUAAUGCCAUCUAUUCUCACGCUGCGAAUAUCGCGCAAGAUGCACUCGGCUCCGUCAAGACCAUGUUCGCUUUUGGAGCCGAGAAGCAAAUUGUACAGCAGUACGAGGAACAACUGGCCAAGGCCCAUGAGGAGGGAAAGAAAAAGUCCCUGAUCUAUGGCGUCCUCUUCUCCGCCCAGUACUUCUUCGUGCUUUCUGGAACCGCACUCGCUUUCUGGCAAGGAUUCCGCAUGUUCCAAAGUGGACAGAUUGCAAAUGCGGGUGUCGUCAUGACCGUGGUGCUCAGCGUGUCACUCGGAGCGACUUCCGUGAUCUCGGUCCUGCCCCUUGUAAUGGCAAUCUCUAACGCGGUCUCGUCUGCUGGUGAACUUUUUGCCGUUAUAGACAAGCCAACUACCAUCGAUCCUCUUUCCCCCGAGGGUAAGAAGCCGGCAUCAUUCGCUGGCGACAUCGAGUUCCAAGAUGUGCGCUUUGCUUAUCCCGCCCGCCCAACAGCCACAGUUCUUCAUGGCCUCAACCUGCGCAUCCCAGCUGGAAAGACAACCGCUCUGGUUGGACCUAGUGGCUGUGGAAAGUCUACAGUCGUUGGUCUGCUCGAGCGCUGGUAUGAGCCUUCGUCGGGCCACGUCUUGCUGGAUGGAGAGGACAUUGCCAACUUCAACACUCAAUGGGUGCGCAGCAAUAUCCGACUGGUGCAGCAGGAACCAACCUUGUUCACAGGAACCGUGUUCCAGAAUGUGGUCAAUGGACUUGUCGGCGAGCAAUGCAACAUGACCGAGGAAGCUCAGAUGCAGCUUGUCAAGCAGGCUUGCAAGGAUGCGGAUGCCCACGAUUUCAUAUCCAAAUUGCCAGAGGGAUACUAUACCCAGAUUGGAGAGCGUGGCGGUAUGCUGAGCGGUGGGCAGCUGCAACGAAUCUCCAUUGCCCGCAGUAUCAUCUCCGACCCCAAGGUGUUGCUUUGUGACGAGGCAACUAGCGCUCUGGAUCCUCGUGCGGAAACGGUGGUUCAGGCCGCUUUGCAGCACAUCUCGACAACCAAGCACAUCACUACCCUGAUCAUUGCUCAUAAGCUCACCACGGUCAUGGCUGCAGACAACAUCGCUGUCAUCAACAGCGGUAGAGUUGUCGAACAGGGUUCUCACAACGAGCUGCUCCAGCGCGACGGCCUCUACGCCGCCAUGGUACGUUCUCAGGACCUAGGAACUGGAAGUGCGCGCGACGAACCAUCUUCCAUCGAGAAUGAGAAGCAAGAUGUACACGGCUCUGAGAWGGAUCUCCAACGGACACAGUCUGAAUCCGCGGCCAAGUUACAACAGCAAUCAGUGGAAUACCUCUCAGCCGGAACACUCAACUACUCGAUCCUGAAAUGCGUCUACAUUAUGAUCAAGGAGAACGGAUCGCUAUUGCCUUGGUAUCUGGUCCUGUGCGCGGCCUAUGUCAUGGUUGGCGGCACAUAUCCCGCACAAGCCGUCAUCUUCGCUAAACUCAUCAACGUCUUCAUCCUACCCGCAGCAGAGGCAAAGACCCAGGCAGACUUCUAUGCGCUCAUGUUCUUCGUGGUCGCACUUGCUAACCUCGUCGGGUACUUUUUCGUGGGCAUUUCGACAAACGUUAUUGGGCAGACCAUGACCCACCGCUACCGUCGCGAAAUGCUGGAACACAUUGUGUCCUUUGAUCUGGACUUUCACGACUGCCCGGAGAAUUCUUCAGGAGCGCUCACAGCUCGGCUUUCAUCCGUACCUGCGGCCAUCCAGGAGCUGAUGGGUCAAAACAUCGGAUUGUUUCUUACCGUUAUCGUGAAUGUAAUCGCAUCCAGCCUCCUCGGGAUCGCAUAUGGAUGGAAGCUUGGUCUCACUGUCGUUUUCGGCGGCUUGACCGUCAUCAUUGGCGCUGGCUUCAUUCGAGUUCGACUGGAUCAGGCCCUAGAAGCGCAGACGGAAAAGCAAUACUCCAAGAGCGCUAGCUUGGCUGCCGAAGCCGUAGGCGCCAUCAGGACGGUCAGUUUGCUGACCAUGGAGACAUCGGUGCUAGAGGAAUACAAGGGAGUGCUGGAUGGCAUCGUAUCACAGGUCAUUCGAAGCUUGAUUGUCACAUUAAUACCUUACAUCUUCUCGCAAUCUGCGGAAUUUCUGGUCCUUGCACUGGGUUUCUGGUACGGCAGUCGCUUGGCCGCCAGUGGAGAGUACACCAUUACACAAUUCUUCACCAUCUUUAUUGCCGUGGUGUUCGGAGGACAAGCCGCCGCCCAGAUGUUCACGUACACCACAUCUUUGACCAAGACUGUGAGCGGCGCCAACUACAUGCUAUGGCUUCGGACCAUCAAGCCCACCAUCCGGGUCACGGACGACAACAAAGACCGCGGACCUACUGGAGACGAUUUGACCGUACGAGCCGACAAACUUGAGUUCCGUUACAAGCAGCGAAUGUCGACACCGGUUCUCAAAGGCAUCUCGAUCCAAAUCAAUCCCAGCUCUUAUGUAGCAUUUGUUGGACCUUCGGGCUGCGGAAAGAGCACCGUCAUUUCCCUACUGGAGCGAUUCUACGACCCAACUGCCGGCAGCUUGACCGUGAAUGGAGAUGCCAUCUCUAGCCUUUCGCCAGUGUUGUACCGACGGCAAUUGUCCCUCGUGCAGCAGAACCCUCCACUCUAUCUCGGCUCCGUCCGUGACAACAUCUGCGUCGGACUUGAUAAGGAUCCUUCUGACUCGGAGAUUCGAUCUGCAUGCGAGCAGGCGAAUGUAUACGACUUCCUCAAGUCCCUACCAGAAGGCUUGAACACAACCUGCGGCUCUCGCGGUCUGCAAUUCUCCGGUGGUCAGAGACAGCGAAUUGCUGUUGCGAGAGCUUUGAUCCGAAAUCCCAGAAUCCUCCUACUGGACGAAGCAACCUCAGCAUUGGACACGCACAGUGAGAAGAUUGUCCAAGAAGCGCUGAACCGAGCAGCUGCGGAUCAUGGACGUGUUACUGUUGCUGUUGCACAUCGUCUCAGCACGGUCAGGCACGCGGACACCAUCUUUGUGGUUGAAGCAGGGAAUAUUUAUGAGCAAGGAACACACGAUGAGCUUUUGGCGUUGAGAGGAAAGUACUACGCGAUGUGUUUGGCACAAUCUUUCGAUCAGGGUUAG